AUAUCUGCAUUUUUAAAUUCAUUACUGUUAAGAAAGUCAUUGUACGAGAGAAGAGAUUUAAUGCAGCAUUAUUGGGUUGCAGACUUCACUUUUCUGCGAAAUUCGUAUAAUGUCAGUGAAAUUUACACUCGAUUUUUAGAACCUAUCCUCAAAAAACCCGGUGUGCUUUGUUGUUUUCUAAGGUUAUAUCAAAGUUAUAUGCAUUUCCAAAACGGACGUUGAGUUAUUUCUCCUGACUUUCGAGUUAUAUUUAAAGGCUAGUUGCCUAUUUCAAAUUAUUUUGUUGCUUUAAAAAGAUAUUUGAUAGAAAAUGUGGGAGUAUCUAAAAUCACCAAAAAGUCUUCUGCUUCUUCUAUUGCCAUGGAGACGACAUGAGCGUCCUGUCAAAACAACACGUGAUAAUGGUUAAAAGGUGAUUUUUACGAAAAUGAAUAAUUUUAUACAAAACAUACAAAUUAAGGAUGGCGAAUACACAAAAACAAUUUAUACCAUGAUAAAAGAGCAACGAUACACUGAAACAAUCCAAGUUUUAUCGAAUUUAUUAGAUUCUCAUUCCACUUCUAGGCCAUGUCUAUCUCUUCUGGCUCAUUGUUAUUUCUAUACCCAAGACUUUAUGGCAGCGGCAGGAUGUUAUGAAAAAUUGGUACAAAUUUGCCCGGAAGAAGCUUUAUAUAAACUUUAUCAUGCACAAUCAUUGCAUCAAGCCUGUAUGUAUCAAGAAGCUUGGGCUGUGUGUUCCAGCAUCAGCAACCAAAGUAACUUAGACGAUAAAGUGAGAAAGCUACAAGCAGCCAUAAAAUAUGGACAGGAGGAUGCCAUUGCAGCCAAAAGUAUUGUCGAUCAAUGUGCUACUGAUGACAUAGACACAGAAAUUAAUUUAGGCUGUUUAUUGUACAAGGAAGAAAAAUAUGAGCUGGCCUUGAAAAAGUUUUCUACAGCUUUGCAAAUUGCUGGAUUUAAACCUCAUUUGUCAUACAAUGUUGCAUUGUGUUAUUACAAAAUGAAAGAAUAUGCGCCGUCGCUCAAACAUAUCGCGGAUAUCAUUGAGCAGGGAAUCCGAGAACAUCCAGAGCUGAGCGUCGGAAUGACAACGGAAGGAAUUGAAGUUCGCAGCGUAGGAAAUACGUUGACUUUGCAUGAAACUGCAUUGACGGAGGCUUUUAAUCUGAAAGCAGCUAUCGAGUAUCAGUUAAAAAAUUACGAAGCAGCGAAAGAGGCCUUGACGGAUAUGCCACCACGUUCAGAGGAAGAGUUGGAUGCAGUUACUUUGCAUAAUCAAGCGCUGAUCAACAUGGACACGAAACCAGGCGAAGGAUUUGAAAAACUGCAAUUUUUAUUGCAACAAAAUCCUUUUCCUCCUGAAACUUUCGCAAACCUAUUACUCCUUUAUUGCAAGUAUCAGUUUUAUGAUUUAGCUGCUGAUGUCCUUGCUGAGAAUGUUCAUUUGACUUACAAGUAUCUGACACCAUACAUGUACGAUUUUUUGGAUGCAUUGAUUACACAGCAAACGUCGCCGGAAGAGGCAUAUCGGAAAUUUGAUGACCUUGCGAAUAAACAUACAGAGUCGUUAAGAAAAUCAACAAAGCAAGUGCAAGAGGCAAGACUAAAUCACGACGAUAAUGCAGUUAAAAAAGCUGUUAAUGAUUACGAAGAGUCUUUGGAACGUUAUAUUCCAGUAUUGAUGGCUCAAGCUAAAAUAUAUUGGGAACUGGGAAAUUACACCCAGGUUGAGAAAAUCUUUCGAAAGAGUUCUGAAUUUUGCAAUGAGCAUGAUAUUUGGAAACUAAACGUCGCUCACACUCUUUUCAUGCAAGAAACUAAAUUUAAAGAAGCAACUGGAUUCUAUGAACCGAUUGUAAAGAAGAAAUACGACAGCAUUUUAGAUGUGAGCGCAAUUGUUUUGGCCAAUCUGUGUGUGAGUUACAUUAUGACGACGCAGAACACAGAAGCGGAGGAAUUGAUGAAAAAAAUCGAAAAAGAGGAGGAAACUAUAGCAUUUGAGGAACAAGACAAAAAGCUUUUUCAUUUGUGUAUUGUGAAUUUGGUAAUCGGUACACUGUAUUGUUCUAAAGGAAAUUACGAAUUCGGUAUAUCAAGAGUGAUGAAAAGUCUCGAGCCAUAUAAUAAAAAACUAGGAACUGAUACUUGGUUUUAUGCUAAAAGAUGUUUUUUGUCGCUUUUGGAACAAUUAGCGAAGCAGCUUGUUGUAUUGAAAGAUUCUACAUUACAAGAGUGUAUUCAGUUCUUGGAACAUUGUGAAGUUUACGGAAGAGAUGUACAGAGCGUUGUAGAACAACCAUUUGAUAUUCAGGAUAUUAAUGCGCUUCCGCAAGGAAGAAAUACAGUGACUUACGAAGCAAGAUAUUUGAAAGCGUUAUUUUUAAAGUUACAGAUGUCUUAGUUUAAGAUUAAUCUAAAUUUAAGAUGCAUGUAUUUUAAUUGUAAAAUAAUAAUGUCACAUGUAAUAUACAAUUAAAACUGUU